CUAGUUCCUACAUCAUGGCUAAAUGUCUUAUCUUUUCUCAUGGCCUGAGCUUUCCUUCUUCCUCCUCUCCAAGCUUAGUCUCUUGCUUGCCAAUGGGAUCGUCAACUUUCCAGGGAAAAAGACACUAAAAAUAUCAUAAUUUUUGCAAAAUACCCAUUUUAGUGCUAAAACUUUUCCUAACUGAAUUUAGCUGGGCUAUAGAGAACGUGGGUGCUCACUCCCAUUACUCCAUGAUGUCUCCUUUUACGUUACGGUCGAUUUUUUACCCCUAUUUUAACAUGGUCUUAGGUGAAGUUGUCUUAUGGCUUUUGCGGAUGGAGAUUUCAAGCAUUUUUGGGUUGCAGACUCAUGUCACCAAUACCAGCAACGGUAUCAAACUUGAUGGCACUUCUCAUUCCUCUCUGCUGCUGUUCUCUCAAUCUAGUGCCAAGUCUUUCCACCCUCAAACGCGAGGAUAUCAUGACGUCAUUUCUGCCAUGCAGUCAGAACAAAAACCAUUUGAUACAGAUUCUGAUCCCUUUAGUACUUUGUUGUGCCAAAGAAGGAGAGAGAAGUGCAGACUACAAAAAAGUCAGAAGAAAAUGUGCCACCAAGUGGUCAGGGCAUAGUCUCCACUCUCUCUGUCUCUCCUUUUUUAAGUGACCAAGACAACUCUUUUCUUACUCAGAUCAACCAGUCAUCUUCGAAGAUGUAGAAUUAUUUACGGUUUGUUCUCCUUACUCCUGUUCUUUCUGCUAUACAAGUCAAGUCAAUGGUUGGCUUCACUCCCAAUCUAUCAUCAUGCUCUGAAGACAGAUUAUGUGAACCAUAUAAUCUCGAACCUAGUUGCUGCCUGCUGCUAUCACUUGCCUGCAAUGGAAUACUCAACUUCCCGUUUAGCCUUCAUCUUUCUGGCUAUCGUUUGCAAGGCUUAUAUAACCAAAAGCCAGAAUCUGUCUUGCAAUUCCAAUGACUUAAUGGCACUGAACGGUUUUCGCAAGUGUGUGGCCUCAUCUGUUGAUGGCUGGGGUGCUAAUCCUGACAGUGAAUGCUGCUCUUGGGCUGGAAUCACGUGCGAUAACGCCACCGCGACACAAAGGAGGGUGAUUGGCUUGGAUCUUCAUGGCAGAGGACUUGCCGGGGAAAUAUGUGAAUCCUUGGCCGAUUUGGACCAGCUGAGCACUCUUAAUCUUUCCCACAACAACCUCCGUGGUGUUCUUCCAGAUAAACUCUUUCAGAUGCAGAAUCUCGAGGUCCUUGAUUUGAGUGGGAACGAAUUCGUGGGCUUCUUUCCUCUUCACAUCCACCUACCCCAUAUAAGGAUUUUGGAUGUCUCAGAUAAUUUCUUGGUAGGUUCUCUCGCGUCAACAAUAUGUGACAGAUCACACUCUAUUGAGUCACUCAAUUUCGCCGAAAAUCGGUUCCAUGGAGAAGUUCCUGGGAAUUUUGGCGACUGCACUUCUCUUCAGCGUCUCUUCCUCAAUGGGAAUAGUCUAUCAGGGAGCUUGCCGGAAAGACAGUUCCAACUCAAGCACCUGCGCGAGCUCCAAUUUCAGAACAACGGCUUUUCAGGACUGCUGCACGAAAGGAUUGAUAAUCUCUCUAAUGUUGUCAAGAUUGAUUUGUCUAACAAUCUGUUUUCUGGAGUACUUCCAGACGUUUUCGGGGCUCUUCAGAAGCUUGAGCACUUCACUGCCGAGUCAAAUAAAUUCUCUGGUUGAAUGUUCUAAAUCUCGCGUAUAAUCACUUAAGUGGAGCGAUUCCUUCUAGCUUCCAAAACCUCCAGGCACUUACACGGCUAUCUCUUUCAAGAAAUGAAAUUAG